AUGGCAUCAACAAAAGCCGCAAGGGUUGGAGAAGAGGUAUGGAAGACCCGAGUGGAUAAGGUCAAUGCCGAGCUCGUUACUUUAACCUAUGGUACGAUGGUAGCUCAGCUCUGCUCAGACUUUGAUAGCAACUAUGCGGAAGUCAAUAAACAGUUGGAUAAAAUGGGAUACAACAUCGGCAUGCGUCUGGUUGAGGACUUCUUCGCCAAGUCUGGUACUCAAAGAUGUGCCAACCUGAGAGAGACUGCAGAGACUAUAUCCAAAGUAGGAUUUAAGAUCUUCCUCAAUAUUACACCCACGGUGACGAAUUGGACGGCCGAUAACAAACAGUUCUCGUUGAUUUUUGAAGAGAACCCAUUGGCGGACUUUGUCGAGCUACCAGACGACGGACGUGCCCAAGAUGAGCUGUGGUACUCGAACAUCUUGUGUGGUAUACUGAGAGGAGCGCUGGAGAUGGUCCAAAUGCAGGUUGAAGCACACUACGUCAGCGACGUGCUGAGAGGUAACGAUAUUACAGAGAUGCGUAUCACUCUGUUGAGAUACGUUGAAGAUGAAAUGCCGCCAGACGACGAAUGA